ACGACGUCGCUGUGUCGCUGCGCUGCAUAACGCAGGAUUGCCAACCGCUCGGUUCGAGGCCAGAAGAACGAAGCAGAAAGCCAGGAAGGUGGUGUGCACGGUGUGUAUGUGACUCCGCGUCCAUCGCAGGAUCGUAGGGGGGCAUUGACGUCAUCUGUGCAUCCGAUUCCUGCGAUUGUUCGAAACCGUUUCGAAACAGAAAUCGUCCAUCGUUGCCUUUAUCGUAAGCAAAUUGCGUUAUCCGCAAUACUACGGAAGGAAGUGUCCAGGCCAACUCCAGCAGAGAGUGAUCGUGUGUUUGCAAACCGGCAGUGCCGCGGAUCGCCGGAGAGUGAAACAAUUUUGAUUACUUUCCGGGUUACUGGAGCAGUGAAAACAACGGCCGAAGAAAGCAACGGUGGAGGUGUUGUGGCUCAGGAAAAGCGGCCCCGGGAGAAGAAAAAAUCGCAAUCAGCACGGAUCCGGCACGAGCUCGCCCGCAAAUCGGUUGUACCGGUUUCGGCAAUGUUUCGUUGUGUAUGCUAAUUGAAAGGAGCACUAGUGCUUUAAUGAUGUGCACCGGUAAUUAAUCAGCUCAGUCGGGGGAAGAAAAAGAAGGAAAAGAAACAUACACAACACACAAAACACAGUUUUCGAUAACGCAACCCGGCGGGCGCCUGGCGCUGAAAAACGUAAGUGAUCGUGAAGAGAACGAGCAGGGGUUCGGUCGGUGUGAGGUGUGGUUGUGUUUUCAACAUUUUCCUGGAAGCCCAAACAAGGGAAGGCAUGAAUUAAUGCGGCACCGGUGUGGUAUGAAUGAAGUAGAAGUGUGUGCCAAACGGAUCGUAUCAAAACGGGCCCCAACGGAGUGAAGAAGAAGAAAUUAAAGAUGGCUCCCGUAAGGUGGUAAAAUAUUAAAACGACCAGUGGUGCACGUGGUGGCGCCAACGAAAAGAGAAAAGGGAUUGAUCGAAGCUGCUAGUGUCAGUGUUGGCGGAAGCAGGAGGAAGAGGUGGAGAAGAAGCGGGAGCUAGUGAAACCGAGUAGUAAAGGAAAAAAAGAAAAACGAAAUAAUUUGUGACCUCCGGUGAUGAGGCGCUUGGAAGUGGUGAUGAUCGGUCGCUUUGUUUGAUCGCUAUAAACAAAACCGUAAUCGAAAAGAAGGCAAAAGAAGGCCGAAGUGUGAAUCAAACCGCACUUCGAACGGUUUGACGGGAUGCUGUUUGUUUGUUUGUCCAAUUGAAAAGUAAAAUCCCAUCUCGCAGCGCUCCGAUCAGCGACGUAACCGCGAUCGACAAGUGCGAUCAAGUGGUGGAUCGGCGGGUGAAUGUUAAGUGGUUGUGCAUUGAAGGGCUUCAAUUACUUCUUUCAACUGUCGGUGGAAAAGUCCAUGUGUGUGUGUGAGGUGAUUGCGCAAUUGAUCAUUACCAAACGUUGACACUAAUGAUCGCAUUUGCGAAGAUGUCACUGCGCUGUCACUAAACGUAAACGAAUCUCGAACAAGGUGCCUAGGUGAUUGUUGGUGAUUGGAUUCCCGAUUCGUGAUCAAACAGCGAUCCCUACUCCCUAUUAGAACAGACUAUUAAUCGGCGCGACUCGAACGGGUUGACAUCCAGCAAGUCGACGAACGGAUAAACAUCAUACAAAAUGGAUUUCCAGCACGCCAAACGAACGAUGCAUACCUGUCGAAUGCUUACCGCACUGCUGCUCCUGAUGAUCGGCCUGACGGUGGCGAACAAAACGAUGGACACGCGGGAGGGCGAAGAGGUGACGCUCAAGUGUCGCUUCAACGAGCACUACUCCGACCGGGAGUACUCGUACUACUGGGCCCAGCAGUCGCCGAACAAGUACGACAACGUGGCGAUCAAGGGCGACACCUUCAAUCCGAACUACAAGAUUGACUACCGUCCGAAUCAGGGCAUCUACGAUCUGCAGAUCUUCAACGUGUCGUACGUCCGAGAUAACGGGCGCUUCGAGUGCCGCAUCAAGCAGAUCGGCAGUGACAACGCGAUCUACGAGGACUACUACAACUUGACGGUGCUGACCCCGCCCCAGCCGCCGCUAAUCUUCCCCGGCAGCGAGACGACCGCCACCGAGGACAAGAAGCAGGAGCUGACCUGCAGCAGCGUGGGUGGCUCGCCGGAUCCGACCAUUUCUUGGUACCGCGAGGGAAGCACGACACCGCUGGCGGCCAACCUGAUCUACGGCGGAUCGCGUGACAUGCAGACGACCAGCACGCUGACCAUUAUCCCACGCCGGGAGGAUGACGGCGCGAAGUUUACGUGCGUCGUGUGGAACCGGGCGAUGCCGGAAGGUCAGCGGCUGGAGACGGUUACGACACUGUCCGUGAACUAUUAUCCGCGUGUCGAAAUUGGGCCGGAGAACCCGCUGAGCGUGGAACGAGACCAGACGGCAAAGCUGGAGUGCAACAUCGACGCGAAGCCGAAGCCGGAGCAGGUGAAGUGGACGCGCAACGGGCGCUUCAUUUCGUCGCACCCGACGCACACGAUCCACCGGGUGUCGCUGCAGGACGCCGGCCGCUACACCUGCUCCGCCGACAACGGGCUGGGCAAGGUGGGCGAGGAGGAGAUCACGCUGAACGUGCUCUACCCGCCGAUCGUGCAGAUCGAGGCGAAGGCGAAGACGGCCGAGGAGAAGGAAACGGUGCAGAUCAAGUGCAACGUGACGGCCAACCCGCCGCCCGUGACGAUCGAGUGGCUGAAGGAGGGCGACAUCGACUUCCGGCGCACCGGCGACACGCUGGUGCUGCGCGACGUGCGUGCGGAGGACGCGGGCACGUACGUGUGCCGGGGCAUCAACAUGAUGAAGCCGUACGGUGGCAAGACGCUGGAGCGCGAGGGCAACGCGUCGGUGGCGCUGCUUGUCCGUCAUCGGCCGGGUCAGGCCGUCAUCACGCCGGAGAAACCGGUCGUGCAUGUGGGAAACAGCGCGAACUUGAAUUGUAAGGCGGAUCCGCCGGGCUAUCCGGACCCGCAGUACCGCUGGUACCGGGAGAUGGGCGGCGAGAUGUCGACGACGGUGAUUGCCCAGGGCGCACAGUAUCUAAUUCCGAAGGCGGGCCUGUCGAGCGAAGGCAAGUACUUCUGUCACGCGAGCAACGAGCUGGGCAACGGUGGGAUGGCGAGCGCGACGCUGGAGAUCCACCAGCCGCCCCAGUUUCUGGCCAAGCUGCAGUCGAACAUGAUCAAGAAGGCGGGCGAGGUGGAUUUCUUCGUGACGUGCGGUGCGAAGGGUAAGCCGGAGCCGUCGAUCACCUGGCUGAAGGAUGACGUGGAGAUUACGCCCGAGCUGCGUCGGUACGAGGUGAAGACAAACCGGGAGAAGGGAGCCAACGGUAUGGUGACGGUUCACAGCACGCUCAUGUUCACCGGCAAGGCGCGCCCGAAGGAGAACGAGCUCAUCUCGACCGAUCGUGGCCAGUACACGUGCCUGUACGAGAACGCGGUCAACAAGGCGAACUCGACGAUGCACCUGAAGAUCGAGCACGCACCGAUCGUGCUGCACCAGUACAACAAGGUGGCGAACGACAUCAAGGAGACGGCGGAGGUCCUGUGCAAGGUGCAGUCCUACCCGAAGCCGGAGUUCAUGUGGCAGUUCGGCACGAGCCUGCUGAACACCGGUGGCCACUACGAGAUCGUCACCACCUCGGACGGCAACGAUGUGUACACGAGCAUCCUGAAGAUCAGCAACGUGCGCCACCAGGACUACGGCGAGUACCACUGCCGGGUAUCGAAUACGCUCAACAACAUCCAGGUGCCGAUCCGGCUGCAACCGAAGGGACCGCCGGAGAAGCCGACGAAGCUGAAGCCGGUGGAGCUGGGUUCGAACUUUGUGACGCUUGCGUGGAACCCGGGCUUCGACGGUGGGCUGGCAAACACCAAGUACUUUGUGUCGUACCGCAAGAUAGUGAUCCCCAGCGAGAGCCUCAUGACGGAGGAGUGCGCCGCUGUGGCCGCUAGCGGUGCCGAGUGGAUGGAGUACGACUGCCAGCGGGAAAUGCCGUGUACGAUCAGUCCGCUCGAUCACCACCAGAGCUACGUGUUCAAGGUGAAAGCACUCAACACCAAGGGUGUGUCGGAGUACUCGAACGAAAUUACGCCCACGACCAAGGUGGAAAAGAUCCCUAGCCCACUGAUGGCCAACUUCGAUCCGGAGACGAAAAUCCUCGGCCUGAACAUUGGUGCCACCUGCCUGUCGAUGGUGGCGAUCGUGGAGUCGGUGAUGUACGGCGACACACCGAUGGCCGCCUGGCACAUCAUCGAGAAGGUGGACCUGCAGGUGAACGGACACGAUCCGACAUACCGCGAGCACGAGAUCAAGCACUUCGUAGCGAACCGACGCAACAACGGACGUUCGCUUGGCAAUAGCCUCGAUGAGAUACCGCUGCCGAUCGAAGACGAGCUGAACCCGCGAGUACGUGUGAAACUCUGCCUCAAGAACAACCACGAAUACUGUGGAGACUAUCUGGAAGCUGACAUUGGACAAUCUCUUAUUCAGGAAGCGUCGUUUGUUGCGCUGCCAACACUGAUAGCAAUUGUCGUGUCGUGCAUCGUGGCGGCUCUGUUCGCCGUGCUGCUAGUGAUGUUCUGCCGCUGCAAACGGAAUCAGAUGAAGGAAUCGGGCAAAUCCAAGGAGUACGACAUCGAUUCAAUCCACCCCUCGAUUGUGGCUCAACAAAACCAGGCACCACCUCCUUACUACUCGGCGAGCAGCUUGGAAAAUAAGGCCCUAGAGCACUCGAUGGAUUUGGCCAUGGAUCAGAAUACGGCACUGUACGCGACGCAGCAGACUUACGGUUACCAUCAGCAGAACGCCAUGAUUCCGCAGGUGCCUCAGAAUGAUUGGUCAAACAUGGGCUACGUGGAGAACUCGUACUCCAAUUCGAACAACGGCGGUAGCGUCAACUCGCAGGACUCCAUCUGGCAGCUGAAAAUGUCGGCCGCCGCCUCGAACUCGGCCAACAUGAUCCCGCAGCACAACUACAUGGAGCAGCAGAUGCAGCAAAACUACGGCUACGAUCCGAUGACGCACGGAGGAUAUGGUGCUGUUGACGACUACGCCCCCUACCCGCACCUGAUGACCACGGCGAGCCAGCACGGUGGUGACGACUACCAUCACAACAUGCGUAACAGCCAGAAUCCGUCGCGCCAGGACUACUGCAGUGACCCGUACGCGUCCGUCCACAAGCCGAAGAAACGCAUGGACCAGCAUAUGGACUUUGUUGCCGAAUCGCCAUACCACGAUGUGAGCGGGCUGCCGGAUCCCUACAUGGAGCAGGAGGAACCAAAGUCCCCGGUGCAGAACCAGCAUCUAUCGAUGAGCUACGAUGAUGCGCUAGCCAUGGAGAGCGGUUACUCCACGCCAAACUCCCGUAAUCGUCGUGUCAUUCACGAGAUUGUGGUGUAGUCGGUUUGACGCCACAACGAACCCCUAACACUGGAUGGGGAUGGACAACAAAUAAAAACAACACACUCACUCAAACGAAUCAAACGAGAGCUACAACGACAAUCAUUCGAAUCAUAGGGAAUGCUUCCCACAGCUAGGCAGUUAAAUACGGAACCGAAUCGAAGCAAUUUGGGGGACAAUCUCAGCACAACCGGUGGAACACAAGCAGACAAUAAGGAGUGACACGAAACCCGGAACACUACAACAUCAUUUUCCAGCUCGCGUCGGAAAGAAGUUCUACUUAUUCUAGCUCCGUUUAUUUUUUAAAUUAUUGGUUUUAAUCGAAACUUCGAAUCGUCGACGGAUCAUUCAGUGAAGCGGUGGCCAACGAGAACAAGGAAGGAGUUGAUAAUGCUGAUCUCAAAAAGCAACUCCUCGGAAUAAUGGACACCAACCACAACUUACUCAUUGGAUGACGUGUACGACUUAAAACUGUGAUUGUAAAUAUAGCUUAGUAUAACGCGUAGAGAAAUGGUUUUUUAUAGUAGGGCUGAGCACACAUUCAGCAUGCGCUUCGCCGUACCGUAUGGUUUUAAAACUUCAAGUUGUACACACGCCGGUUACGUUAACAGUAGGAUUCUAUCCUGUCAAUAAAAUUGAAAAAUCUGACAGAGGCAUAGACAACAUCCUGCACGGAAGCUGGUGCCAAUCGGAACUAAACGUAUUAAUGAUUAACUAGAAAUUAAAGCAAAACAAUUGCGACAGCUACGAAUCGUGACCUCCCGCGCACCCCAUGACGGUCCAAGCACGGGCGCCACCGAACCGAACGAGGAGCAAGAACCGAAUGUGCCAUUAGCUUGUAGUAGGUAACCCUGCCAAAAGUUCUGCUCCUCCCCCAGCACACGCGCUCCGAUGCCGGGUGCGAUCGUGCUUGCCAUGUGCCCAUCGCAGCUUCUCACGCGGGGAUCGCUGUGGAUCUGUGUGGCUGGCGGUGCCAUUUGUUAGGAUCGUGUUCGUGCCAAGUCUUCCGUGAGCAGUUCUAGGGUCCAGAAGUAGAGGAACAUUCCAUACGCGCGUGAGCUUGGGUUUUCGAUGAUCAACCUCCAAUUUAAGUUUUUGAGCUGCUGCCACUCGAGCUGUAGCCCCUAAUUUCAAUUCAUUCCGUGUCCCAUUUGAUGGCGCUUCGUUUUAUCUGAGUCCUUGUCGGCUAAAUUAGACUUUAGACGGCCGCGACGAAGCGGUCUCGUGGAAGAAAGCAAGUUAAAUCUUAAAGUAUGUAUAAUUCUCGGCGCUGUACAUAAACGAGAAGCGAUAGAGUAAACUGAAGCAAUCAAUCGAGUCGGUUCGGUUUAAAAGCGGUAGCGAAGUAAGAAUAGUUUGUAGGAGAAGAAAUUGUGCAUAAAAUAUAAAUUCGCACUCCAUUAAAAUGUUGAAUACCGUAGUGACCGUUUAGUGAGGUUAUUUGUGCGGGGAACUGAAUUCUGCGUCCCGUUAUUAAUUACCUCUCACGGUCCGGCAUAAAAGGCGACACAGGAGUUGCAAAAUACGUACACAAAUGCAAAAGUAGUUAGUCAAAAGAAGCACGCGACAACGCGGACCGGAUUAAGUUUCUUAAUUUUAUCCAGCUUUGACUCGAAUGAAUUGCUUUGGCAAAUGCUUUUGUUGCGCUCGGAAGGGAAAAGUAAGUUGCAGCGGAUUAUGGUUCGCAUUCGCGAAACGUGUGCUAUGGUGACGCUGGUGAGCCUGAAAGAGCAACGCGGGGAGAAAAGGGAAAACGUCGACAGAAGAUCGUCUUUCCCCACGCACAACGAGCGGCUAUGAAUGGAUGGUAUGAUGGAGCUCGUUUGUAUUCGAGUAGGAAAAAGCAGUGCGAAAGUGAGUCAACAUUGUGCGCAUGUAGAAGACAGGAUCUGAAACGGCACGGCGAGUAAGACUGAGGAUAAAUAUGCUUUUCCCCACUUCUGCUUUGCCUUUUUUUUGCUCCCGUCGCUGCAACAGUUUGACGUUUACAAGUUUGACUGCUGCUGAAGCGCUACGACAUUAGUGUUAAGUGAUGGAGAAACUUGUUUUCAAGUCGCGAAAAGAAACCGAAUUAGAGAGGUGUCGAGCAGCAAAACUGGACGGACGACCGAGAGUGUUUGGUGCCGGACAAAUAGUCGGAGCGUGGCUCGUAACGAAAAGAGAAAAAAUCAGGAUAGAAAAGAAACACUCCGUCGUUUGGUCCAGUUUCGUUCUCCGCGGCAGUUGGAGGUAUUUUGCAUACUUUUUCCGUCCACCGUCCAAUUGAAAUAGCUGUAAAUAUUGACUGAGAAAAGAAGUAGUAUUUACGCGAUUAAGGAACUUUUCGAUUAUUUUUUUUAACAGUAAGCCCGUGAAGCAAUUCUUAGGAGUUUUGUUAAUGGUUAGCUAGCGAUAAGGUUCUUUUGCUCGUCGAAAAUAAAUAUUUUAUUGCCUAU